AUGAAAGAUGACCUAAUAAUACAUGUCGUAGGCAACAAACUCGAUCUUGCGUCAACUCAUCGAGUCAUACCACUCAAGCGCACACAAGAGUACAUCUCACGCAUACUAGGAAAUGACUAUGCUGUACAUGAAGUAUCAGCUAAAGAUGAUAAAGGGAUCGAAGAGCUUUUUCUUCAAAUCACAAGAGCUCUAGUUGAUCGUAGAAACAACCGAGAAUGUCGGCAAUCAUUACAUACAAAUUCAGUAUAUGUCGGAUCACCAGAAGAAUCUCAACAGACAACCGACACAACAUGUUGCAAUUCGUGA